GGCUAUCCCGGGUCAAGGCUGCCCUCCUCUGCGCCACCGGAGCCUCCUUGCUGCGCGCAGCCGCCCGCCCUUCCUGACGCCCGGCCGGUGGGUGGAUGGGUGGGGGGGGGGCCGGGACAGCUCGCUCCGCCCCGGCCUGCGUCGCUCUCCAGCCGCCGGACUCGCCCGACCAGCCAGCCAGCCCGGCCGCCUCCUCCUCUUCCUCCUCCUCCUCCUCCUCCUCCUCCGCGCCAGCCUCGGCCGCCUUCGCCCAUGGGGGGCCCCCAAGCAGCAGCUGCCGCCCCCUCGCCCAGCGGCGCCUGACCCUGCUCAUGGAGAGCGGCCCGCCCACGCCGGACCCCGGGGGCCUGUGCAGGGACUUCUCCGCCUUGGCCCCGGAAUCGGGCCCGCCGUCUUUCGAAUGGCUGCUGGGGCGGCUGGGGGCGGGAGGGCGACGGCAGCGCCUCUUGCUGGCCCUGAGCUGUCUGCCCUGCCUGCUAUUGGGCCUGGGGCUCGGCUCGGACACCUUGUUCACGGUGACGCCCCCCCUCUGCUGCCGAGAUCCGAACGGCACCCGGGUCCCCGUCAAUGACAGCGACGUGUGCCAGGACCCGCGGUGCCAGGGCUGGGACUACGGGGGGCUGCCGGCCCUCACCGGCAACCCAGUGACCGAGUGGUCCCUGGUUUGUAGCCGAGGCUGGGCUGUCCCCUUGGAGCAACUUUGUUUCCUGCUGGGUUUUGUAGCGGGAGCUCUCGUUCUGGGUCACCUGGCUGACAGUGUGGGACGGCGUGGGAUUCUUCUCCUGGCCCUUGCUCUGGGCUGCCCGGCAGGGAUCUUGGCUGCGUUUGCCGCCUCUCCCUCGGUCUUCAUGCUGGGCCGUUGCCUCUGGGGGGCUCUGUUGGGUGGGAUGCAGCUGGCCCUCUACCUUAUCCGUCUGGAACUCUGCUGCCCUCCACAGCGGCUGCCCGUAGCCAUGGCUGGGGACUUGCUCUUGGUUGGAGGCCAUUUCUUACUCCUGGGGCUGGCUCUGGCUUGUGGGAGCUGGCGAAUCCUGCAGGGCGUGAUGUCGGCGGGGCUGGGCCUCUGCUUGCUGUACGGCUGCCCGGGAGUGUUUCCUGAAUCGCCUCGUUGGCUCUUGGCCACUCGCCGAACGGCUCAAGCUCAGGAGAUUUUGGUCAACUUGGCCCACGACAGCAGCACCCAGGAAUCUGAGACACAGGAGGCGCUGGAAGAACUUGACAACGCCUGCCGCCUCCCUGCCGCGGCUCAGAUCUCACUCCGUGCCCUGCUGGGCUGCAGAAACAUCUGGAAAAAUAUUCUCAUUCUUGGCUUCACCACGUUCAUAGCUCACGCCAUCCGCCACUGUUACCAAAUCGCCUGGGGCUCCUCACACGGUCCACGUGCCGAGUUCUACUUCUCAUAUCUGCUGUCGACCGGCAGCGCGGGCCUGGCUUGCCUCUUUCUGUGCCUGAGCGUCGACCGGUACGGCCGUCGUGGGAUCCUGCUGCUCACCACCACGCUGACGGGUAUCGCUUCCCUCAUCUUGCUGGGACUAGAAGAGUGUAAGAGCACUGUUCCGUGGAGUCGUGCCACCUACAUUUGUUUAUUUAUUGAAACAUUUACAUCUUCACCCAUUCCCCCUAAACGCUCGUUCUUCCUCUGCGUUUCAGAUCUCAACCAUGCUGCAGUGGUAACGUUCUCCAUCCUUGGUUUGUUUUCGUCCCAUGCAGCCGGGUCCCUUAGCAUCUUCUUUGCAUCUGAAGUCAUCCCCACCAUUAUCAGAGGGAAGGGCCUCGGCGUCAUCCUCUCGCUGGCGUCCCUGGGUGGGCUGAGCGCACCUUUGCUGUGGUUGCGAGAACAGCACGGCUCCUUCCUUCAGCACAUCGUGUUGGCUUCUUUCAACAUCUUGGCGCUCCUUUGUUUAAUGCUGCUUCCCGAGAGCAAGCGCAAGGCCUUGCCCGAAAGCUUAAGGGACGGAGAACUCUACCGCAGGCCCUCGCUGCUCCGCCAAGCCGGGGCGGCCGAAAGCCGGGCAGCCGAGGAGGCCGCGCGCCGCGACGACGUGCCACUGCUCUCGACGCCAAACCCUUCUAGUUGAUGUUCCCGCCACACCUUCCGCCUGCCAGAGCUCAUCCUGACCCAGGCUUAGUGCGAGAGGCCUCAACCUGCCCCAAGCAGGUUAGAGGCUGGCCAAUGAGGUUAAAAGAAAAGGCUUGAGCGAGCCUCACUUCCGUUUUCUGUUUCGGGUGUCGCGUGAGGGGUGGCCACCUGCCAGUCUCUUCCUCAGGGAGAUUUCCCACUUGCAUAAACCAUUUCCACACCCCACCGGAUGCAGAAAAAGGAAGGUCAGGCCUUGGGCUUUGUCUGUAAACACGCAAAGGAGUUUUCCCCUGCCAUGCUCCGUUCCGGUGCCAGAGAGUUAACUGCACAGCUUAACAUUUGCCACAGAGGCCUGGGCACCUGCAGUUCAGUUCUGGCUUGUGUGGGUUGAGGGAGACAGACCUCCCCGGCUCCCUUCCUGUUGGGCAUUUUCUCAUUCCACAACCAGGAUCUUUUUUCCUAGUUCCUUGUACCCUCCCUAUGACCAGAUUCCUGGACUUCUUGAAAAGGGAAAAACUGAGGCCUUGGCUCACUGUCUGCAUUUUCUGACUGUCCAUGAACUGAAAGAGGCAGGCACCCUAUCAGGAAAAGAAAUGUUGAUGCCUGCUCUGGGGUCAUCAGAACGGAAUAUGUAGCCCACCCGUUUUAUUUUUCUAACGCUGCUUGGGGAGUAGUUCUCUCACCAGCCCAUCCUGGGUUAUGUGACUUUUUAAAUAUAUAUAUAAAGGACCAUCUAGCUGCAAACCCGGAACUAGUCGUUCUCCCGGUAGACAUGUAACUUUCUUAGAAAUAUCCUAAUCCCUGGACCUGUGGGUAGAUAACCAUUUACUUGGACCAAGUUGCGUUUGUUCCCGUUUUACAGAGCAGGAAACUGAGGCUGGGAGAACGGCAGCUUUCUGGGAGCCCGUUCAACCCCAGGGUCGAGCUAUCAACCUAUGCACCAUGUUCCAUUUACAAAGGAUCAUUUUUUUAAAGCAAUUCUUGACGUCGCAAGGGCUUUUCACGUCUCUGUGCUCAUUCUGUGGAGGGCCCCCAAGACAAAGGAUCUCCGAUUUGGGCUAAAACAGGGCUCAGAAAAGAGACUCAAAGUGCUUUCAUUGCCAAAACCUCUCUGUAAUCCAUAGAAAAUUUGUAAUAAUUUUCUAAUUAUGUGCCCCCCCCCCAGACUUUUAACACCAAUCCCAUGAUUCUGUUAUUCCACCCAGAAUCAGUCGUCUCCUUUUUUAGCUGUGCAGCAGCCAGAAGUUACACAGGUAUGUAUUUCCUCAGCCCCAGAAAAGCUGUUCCUGUUGAACUUCUGCCUUCAUGCAGUCAAAGGCCCUGGGGAGAGGCGCAGCUGUCUUCAAAACACUGGGCAGAGGGAAAAUGGGACCUACCGCAGGAGGAAGGGGGCACGAACGAAAAAGGGACGACUGCUCUGCACGCCAAGACACUUCAAAACACAACCUUUGCCCCCUGGAAAUUUAGACUUUGGGGCCGCUUUUGACUUUAAAGGGAAACAUAUUGCAGACUGUUACAACCUAAAUAUAGAUUAAAUGAAAUCUUCUCAAGAAAA